AUGAUCUCGACGCGAGUCGCCGCGCACGCGCACGUCGAGCGGCGACGCGCGUGUGGAGAGUGCGCGCACAGUGGUCGUGCGUCGUCCCGCGCGCGCGCGGGCGCGCGCGAGCGAGAGGUGCGACGAAGGGUGGCGCGGCGCGCGAGUCGAGAGUACGACGUCGUCGCGCUCGGUAACCUGUGCGUGGACGUGUUACUGCCGCCCGGCCCGAUCCCAGACGCGACGUCGCUGAAGACGACUAAAACACUCGGUGAACUCGCGAGGACGGCGCCGGCGCGAGAGUCGUGGGAACUGGGCGGGAAUUGUAAUUUUUUAAUCGCGGCGUCGAGGCUGGGCUUGCGAGCGUCGUGCGCGGGACACGUCGGAAACGAUGAAUACGGCAAGUUUUUGAUCGAUGAGCUCGCGCUGGAGGGAAUUGAUCACGUGGAAUUGAUUCCAGGAGACGAUCAGGGCGUGCGCGUGAGCGCUUUGGCCGAGACGUUGAUUUGUUUCGUGUUGAGCGACGGCGCCGGUUCGCACGCGUUUUGUAGUAGGUACGAUUUGGGCCCGUGGCCGCUGAUGCGGGACGUGAGCGACGUCUCUAACGAAGCGCGCGAGGCGUUGCGUUCGUGUCGAGCGGUGUUUCUCAACGGUUUUGUGUUCGACGAGCUCAAGCCUCAGGCUGUAGCGCAGGCGCUCAAAUUGGCCAAGGGGAACGGCGCGGGGGUGUUUUUCGAUCCGGGGCCUCGCGCGUUUACGUUUGUCGACGAGACGAAUCCGUCACGCAUGGAGGCAUUGAGAGUGGCGCUGGAAAAUUCCGACGUCGUGCUCGCGACCGAGGAAGAACUCGCAGCGCUCACGGGCGUGCGUGCGAAUGCGCCGCCCACGGACUACGCCGCGGCUGUGUUCGACUUUCCGGGAUCCGCGGCGGAGUGGGUCGUCGUGAAGCUCGGUCCCGAAGGCGCGAUGGUCGUCACGCGCGACGGUCAAAGCGCGCGCGUCGGUUGUCCACGCGUGAAAGUCGGCGACACCGUGGGGUGCGGUGAUAGCAGCGCGGGCGCGUACGUCUUAGGAUACCUGCGAAAGCAAGCCGACGACGCGUUGGAUUUGAGCGAAGUCUUGCAAACCACCGCGACGCUCGCGACGCACGUGGGAAGCGCCACGGCGAUGAACAUCGGCGCCGGUCGAAACGUCGCGAAAGCAGAGACCGUGCUCGAGCUCUUAGACGCGGCGGUGGACGGUAAGACCGAGGGGGUCGAUCGAGGCACGGCGUCGCGCGCGCAAGCGAUUCUUCGCGAGUCGAUGAACGAGUCGAUGAAACAACAACAAGCGCGAUAAUUAUUGCAUCCCAAUCACUAGCGGGUUUCAUAAAUACGACUAGACAUAUCGUUACGCG